CUGCAAGGCUGGAAUUUGGACAACUUGAAUGUAUCCUUGGUGUUAUUGUCUUGCUGGAAAGUCAGUGAUCACUGAGCUUCAAUUUACACACUGAAAGCAUCACAUUUUUCAUGCCAAAAUGGCCUGAUACAUGAAAGAAUCCAUGGUGUCAGUCACAUAGUCAGGAUAGCCGUUUCCUGCAGCCGCAAAACACCCCCAUAACAGGACUGACCCACCUCCAUGCUUGACUGUGGGGAUGGUGUCGUUCUUGUCAUCACCUUGUCAUCUUACUCCAGACGUACUGCUGACCCAUGGGUCUAAAACUCAUUUUCAGUUUAGUGUCAUACGUCUAUAAAACCUUCUUCCAGGACUCCACAGUUCUUUCCUAAUUACUUCUUGAAUAUUCAGUCAACUGGAGUCAACAUUUCCCUUGGUGAAGUUUUACUUUCUUCCACACCCCAAGAAGGUUGCUGUUGUACCAUAUUUAAAAAAUGUAUGAAUGGGACUGGCUUACCUUUGUAAAUCCUUACUGUCUUGGGGGGGUUGAAUAAUUUCGAUUGCAACUGUAUGUGUUUGAGAAAAAUGAAUGAUGUAGACAGCACUUCCUCUCUUGCACUGACAACCGAUAAACUAGCUUUCGCCUUUGUGGUCACUGCACUAAUCCACCACAAACCAAUAAUAUAUAGGACUGGAAAAAAAUGUAUCAAACCAAUUUAUUGUGGGCAUUAAACAGAAACUGAAAAAUUUAAACGAGUCUGUGCACUGCCAGGUGGCAUCACUUUUGGAGUUCUUUGAGAGUCAAAACAGACCCUGGCAGUUAUAGCAAAACUUCCCUUUUCACACAUACAACUGCAAAUGUGUCACCACAUGCUGCUUAUUUUGUGUCUAAGCGUUGUAAAUCUUGCACCAGGACUUUAAAUAGACUCUGCUACCAUGAUUUCUUUGUCAUAUUGGUUUACAUUUGCUGGUUUUCUGAUUAUGACAUUUAAGAUCACACUUGCUAUGUGUCAAAUGGACAUGAGGACCCUGAAGACUCAACUCUGUGAUGUACAUGAAAAUUUUACCACGUUGACGAUUGCAGUUGACUGCCAUGGACGUGGACUCAUCAAGAUGCCAGUUUUCACAAAAAAUACAACCAGCAUUAACCUAUCGGAGAACAAGAUCAAUAAUUUAACCGUUGGAGAUUUUAAGGACCUCGAAAAUCUGACGGAGCUAAAUCUAAACUGGAUGAACAAGAAUCAGGAGGUUAUUGUUGCCGUUGGGGUUUUUUCAAAUUUAACCAAGCUUCGAACAUUAGCACUCAACGGAAUUGCCCUGAGUUAUGUACCAAAAGAACUUCCAAAGAGUUUGCGUGAACUAAGGCUGGUAGAGAACAAAAUCACCUUGCUAAACACAACAACAUUCUUGCAUGUGAAAACUCUGAGAUCUCUUUUCCUUUCAAAAAACUGCUACUACUGGAAUCCUUGCUUCACAGAUUAUAAUAUUGAAAACGGAAGUUUUUCCAUGCUAGCCAAUUUGCAACAUCUCACUUUGUCUUUCAAUAACUUAACUCACGUCCCUCAAGGAUUACCUGCCUCCUUGCAGAUACUGGAACUUGCUUCAAACAGAAUAGCACACAUUGGAGAGCAUGAUUUCCAAGGACUCAGCAAUCUGUCAAGUCUAAAUAUCCAAGGAAACUGUCCAAGGUGCUAUAAUGCUCCAUAUCCCUGCAUUUCUUGUAAAAAAAUGUCCAUUGAAAUUCAUCCAGAAGCUUUUGCUAACCUUGGAGAACUCCGGAUACUGCACCUCGCAGGAAAUUCAAUCAAUAAAAUUCAUCCUUACUGGUUUCGAAACAUCUCAAAGCUUGAAGAGCUCUACCUUUCUUACAACUUCUUGUCAAAGGCUGUUGCUGAACAUGGUUUCUUGAGUAAUCUACCACUGUUGAUGAAACUCGAUCUCUCAUUUAAUUAUGGUCUCCAGAGUUAUCCCGAUACCGUAAUGCUAUCACCCAGUUUCUCGAACUUAACCUCAUUGAAGACGUUGCACAUUCAGGGUUUGGUGUUUCGGGAAAUCCGAGCAGAUUCCUUCAGUUCUCUGUUUGGCUUACAAAACCUGUCAGUGUUGGAUGUAGGCAUCAAUUUCAUUGUCCACGCAAAAUCAAAAAUAUUUGAAAAACUACAGAAUUUAAAACUACUGUAUCUCUCCGAAAACAGACUUUACCCAGUGACGGUAGACAAGCAUGUGAUUAGAGACACAGGUGAAGAUCUAAAAUCUUCAUUUGCAAUGCCCUUGGUGUCAGAGCCCCAUCAAAAGGAGCAUUCUUAUGAGAUAACAAAAAGUCUCGUAAAACCAGAGUGCUAUGCCAUGGGACGAGUGUUGGAUCUGAGCCGAAAUAAUCUGUUCUUCAUUUCUCCUAAACAGUUUGAGGGAUACGGGAACAUAUCUUGCCUCAACCUCUCUAGUAACGGCUUUGCCGCUGCCCCAAAUGGAACAGAAUUCACAUCACUUCCGGGACUCAAAUAUCUGGACUUGUCCUUCAACAGAAUUGAUCUGGCAUAUGACUACGCCUUCACAGAGUUGCAAAGUCUUGAAGUUCUAGACCUAAGUUACAACCCCCAUUAUUUCACUGUGUCAGGGGUGACACACAAUUUGAACUUCCUCAGACAUUUGCCCUCUUUAAAAGUUUUGAACAUGAGUCACAAUAGUAUCAACACAUUAACCACCAAAGCAAUGUCUAGUCAGUCUCUUCAAGAGCUGCAGUUCCAUCACAACAGGCUUGGCAAGUUAUGGCGGGAAAAUGAUAAAACAUACGACAAUCUUUUCCGAAGCUUGACCAAUUUGACCUAUCUUGACAUAUCCUACAACUAUAUUAAUAAAAUUCCGCUUCGCGUUUACACAUGCCUGCCCGAAACCAUCCAGAAACUUCGAUUAAGUCACAAUGAUCUCACAAAUGUGAGCUGGACAUCGUUGAGACGUUUUAAAGGUCUCAGAGAGCUAAUUUUAAACAACAAUAACAUCCUUUCCAUAUCUAGCAAUUUGUCCAAAGACCUUCCUUCGUUGCAGUUCCUUGAUCUUCGACACAACAGUAUAUCCGAGCUCGCUGUCGGAUUUCUAAAUGGAGCGGUGAAUCUCGGAGCAUUGGAUCUCAGUCGGAACAGACUGAUAAAUGUCAACCAGUCCACAUUUUCAUCCAAGAACGAAAGAUACCUGAAGACACUUUGGCUCAAUGGAAACCCCUUCCACUGCACGUGUGACCUAUUGGAAUUCGUGUUGUGGAUUUACAACACAAAUGUGAAGAUCCCAAAACUGGUGACCUCGGUGACAUGCGCCAUGCCUGAGGAGAGACAAGGUGAAGCAGUGAUAGACUUUGAUAUUAAAGCAUGCAUUGAUGACCAAGUGGCCUUUCUGGCCUACUUCUUCUCAACUGUGAUUAUUUUGUGUACCACUUUCAUGGCUGUUUCCAUGCACAUGUUCUACUGGGAUGUCUCCUACAUAUUCUACUAUUUGAAAGCCAGAUUCACUGGGUAUCAAUACCUGAGCUCUAAAAGUUGCGUUUACGACGCCUUCAUCACGUACGACACCAAGGAUCAGCAUGUAUCGGAUUGGGUACUCAACCACUUGCGAGUGCAACUGGAGGAUCAAGGUGAGGGCUUCCUACCCAUUUGCCUGGAGGAACGGGACUGGAUCCCUGGUUCUCCUGUCUUGGACAGUCUGAAUCAAAGCAUCCAGCACAGCCGUAAGACUGUCUUUGUACUGACUAAGGGCUACGUCAACAGUGGCUCCUUUAAGCUGGCGGUCUUCCUGGCUCACCAACGGUUACUUGAAGAUAAUGAGGAUGUAAUUGUGCUGUUGCUUCUGGAGCCCGUGUUGCAGCACUCGCAUUUCUUGCGCCUGCGCAGACGUCUGUGCAGCCACAGCAUUCUCGAGUGGCCGCACUCGCCAUCAGCUGAAUCUUGGUUCUGGCAAUCCCUGCGGAAUGCCAUACGAGUGGACAACCAGGCGAUGUACAGUGAUCUUUAUAGCAGAUAUUUCACCACUAAGUAGAAAGUAUCAUAAAACUGUGGGGAUGUUAAUAUAAUGGCUCAAUGUUUUUCAUGUUUUAUAACCUCAAUCUUACCCAUGGGAAAUACAAAUUACAAAUGAGAUCUCUAAUAUCUCAUUUUUUU